UGGAGCCACGGGUGUGUGUGCGUGUGCGUGUGCGUGCGUGCGUGGCUUGAAACACUCCUCUCGCUGCGCGCUUGCAACCCAGCACAUCGAGGGAGCAGUGCGGUGCGGUGUGCUGGAUCACAAGCAAAAGCUUCUCCAUCUAAGCCGAGGAGCUGGACCUUCCCUCUAAAAUGAACUUCGGCGCUGUGGUGGUGGCCGCUGGACUGUCCGGCUUGCUCAGCUUCGCCUUCCUCGCCGUGGCCAUUGGAAGCGAGUACUGGUACAUCAUAGACGUGGACAAAGCGAGCAACUCAACUUGGCAGUUCAGCAGUUCCCACUCAGGGCUGUGGAGGACCUACGAAGAGAAGAAUGGGAGCUAUCAUGACAUCUCCAUCUACAUGAAUAUGACGGAGCCCACAGAGCAAGACAAGCACCUCUCAAAUCUGCACAGAGCCAUUGUCAUCUUGCUUCCGGUAAGCCUGGUCCUGCUGGUGUUUGGAGGGAUCUUUGGGCUUGUGGCCUCCCUGGCACGGAGUUACACUCUCCUCACUGGCGAGGCUGUGUACUUCCUCGUCUGCAGCUUUUUCACACUCUCUGGAGUAUGCAUCUACGUCAGCUACUCUGAGCAGGCUCUGGAUUUGCUGCAGUGGGAGAUGGGUACCAAGCUGCCGACCCAUGUGCACGUGUCCUUUGGCUGGUCCCUGGUCAUGGCCUGCCUCUCCUACAGCCUGGAGUUGACCACCAGCUUUCUGCUCCUGCUGGCUGCUCGACUUGCCUACUGCCACCGUCACCAUGAGUCCACCGUGGCGCUCUCCAUGGCCUAGAGUCACGGCUCCAAGAACACCUGACCACUGGACCUAGGGCUCCAACUGAAAUCAUUUUCCAGGCUGAGUUGAACCUGAGAAGCUAAGACAAAGCUGCUGAAUGCCUUUGCUGUGAAUUGAUUGUUAAAGAGAAGUGCCCAAGAUUAAAUGUGUCUCCCAUUGCUCAAGCUCUACUGAAGGACUUUCCUCAGGUCCACCACCAACAGUGUUUAAUGAAUGUUUUAUUUUUUUAUUUAUUUAUUAAUUUAUUUAUUCGUGUGGUCUUGUCAAAGAAAUGUCCAGUGCUUAUGAGGAACCGGAAUUACAUAACAAAACGAUUCAUGGAGAGAAACUGUCUGAUGGCUUUCAAUACUGGAAGUAAAUGCACGUUAUAUGGAGCCGUGUGUGUGUGUGUGUGUGUGUGUGUGUGUGUGUGUGUGUGUGUGUGUGUGUGUGUGUGUGUGUGUUGGAGGCACGGCACAUAGUUUUGUAAUAACCUGUGAUAG